GUUCCCAACGCCCUGACAGCCGCGCGUGUGGCUGCCAUUCCCGUGCUCGUCGCCACCUUUUACAACCGCCGCUCAUCACCGUGGCUCCCGGCGUCCAUCUUUACCGCCUGUGCCGCGACCGACUUUCUCGACGGGUACCUGGCGAGGCGAUGGGCCGUCCACUCCGACCUCGGCGCCUUUCUCGACCCGGUCGCGGACAAGCUGCUCGUCUGCUCGUGCCUGGUGCUGCUUGCAGGCGCGCUCGGUGCCGCCGUCGCGGUCCCGACAGCGGUGAUCGUGUGCCGCGAAGUGACGAUCUCAGCACUGCGCGAAUGGAUGGGCGCGCGCGGUCACAGCGCAGCCGUCGCUGUCGGCUGGUGGGGCAAGCUGAAGACGGCGACGCAGAUGGUCGCACUGCUGUUGCUACUCCUGGCGUGCCCUGGCAAACUGACGGCGCUGCAGCCGUGG